AUGGAUGAAAAUAAUGUGAGUAUGUUAAACAAUCUUGAUUGGAAAUCAAAGUUGUUUACCAUAAAGGUCAAAGUUUUAAGACUCUGGAUGCGUGUGAAUCCAAAGAGAGAAGGCGAAGUACUUGCUAUUGAGAUGGUGUUGAUGGAUGAGCAGUCGAUGUCAACUAUCGAGUUGGUUUAUUUUAUUGGAUAUGUAGAUGAAUGGUCUGAACCAGAGGCGACGAAAACAAAGAUCGGAAAAGAUAGCAAAUACAUGAACUUGCAAUUGCUGGAUGAAGAGGGUAUUAAAUUAAACUGCACCUUAUGGGACGAGUACUGUGAUGAGAUGUUUGACUACAUUCAGAGCCAUAAAGAGGAAGUCCAUGUUGUUCUUCUUGUGCAGUUUGGUAGUUUCAACAAGUAUAAAGGGAAGACAACACUCUCUAAUGCUUUCCAUAUAACAAGACUGUUUAUCAAUGCGGACAUAGAGGAGAUUCGGUCAUUCAAAACCAAGUUUGUGGAGAAGAUAUGUAAAACAUCCUCUAAUGGCCAGAAAUCAAUUGGUUCAUCAGGAAGUAUCAGUGUUACAGACGACUUUUUAGUUAAGCAUCCGUUUUCCAAUUUCCGUGAUGUUACUUUGUUUGAAGAGUUGUUGGUACCGUCUUGGGUAUUGAUGAUAAAGACGAUUGGUAUUACCUUGGUUGCGAAGAAUGCAACAGAAAGGUGA